AUGGCUCGAACCCUCGGCCUAACCAUCGAAAAGUGUAACGUGACGGUCAUUGGAGCCAACGCAGUGAAGACGCAAGCAAAGAAGGGAGUCAACCUUACCUUCUCGUCAAGGUACUGUCAGUUCCAAGACAACAUCUCGUGUCUGAUUUCGGACAACCCCACGGGACGGAUCCCGUCGGCGAGAAUCGAGACAGCUGCCUGGUACAUCCCGAGCGACUUGUUCCUGGCAGACCCGAAGUUCAGCGAGCCGCACGAGAUCGACCUGGUCAUGGCGUCGAACUACUUGGGCUGGAUCGUGACUGGCGUGUACGACCCGUUCCAGCAGCUGAGUUGCCAAGUCGUCCACUCGAACAUCACGUUGAAGGAUCAGCUGAACAACGCAAUCGAGAAGUUCUGGCUGGUCGAAGAACUAGCCGACAAGCAGUUGCAAACCAACGAAGAACAGGAAGUGGAAGAGCACUUUCGCGGCACCCACGGCCGCGACGAAAGUGGCCGCUUCGUCGUCCAGUUGCCGUUCAAGGACACGGUUCUUGAGCUGGACGACAACCGAGUCCAGGUGUUGAGAAGAUUCAACCUGCUGGAGCGCCGUCUGUCGCGCAACCCGGAACUCCGAGAACAGUACACGGCGUUCGUCGAAGAGUACGAGGCGCUGGGUCACUGCAAGGAGAUUUAUUACCUACCAGAAGUGCGUAAGUACUACCUGCCGCACCACGCUGUGCUCAAACCGUCCAGUUCGUCCACGAAGCUGCGAGUGGUUUUCGACGCCAGCGCCAAGGCCGACAAGUACUCCCUGAACGAUGUGUUGAAGUUGGGACCGACCGCCCAGAACUAG